UUCUCUUCCCGAACCUAGCCUCACCAAGGUUCACCUGAGCUCGGCCGACCAGCAGAUUCACACAGCCGAUGUAUUCCGUGCUUCACGGCUGCUAUAAUGGUUUCUGUUUGGUCUUAAAAGUUCUGAUGAGGGUUUGACGUCUGUGAUGAUUGGUUCAAUGGGUCGGAUUUCUUCAUUGCCGCAUAUCACUCACCGUUUGUUAUCGUUUUAGAUGCGGAAGGGAUGGUAGACUCAAUGGUCAGAUGAUCUAUUUGUUGAUUGUAGGUUAAAGAUACGUGAGAGUCAUUGCGAUUUCUUCGGUUGCUCCAUUGGCAGAUUAGGAACAAUGCCAUUGAGGUGGUCGAAUCAUUCCCCAAGAACUCAUAUUUUCCCAAUCUGUUUGUUUAGAUUCUAUAGGUUACAAUGGGCUUCCAAAUUUUCAUCGAUCUCAAAAUCUCAAGGUCAAUUUGGAGGGGCCACCUCUGUUUGGUUUGUUAAGGUUGUAUGCACCUUAUAUGUUCGACGUAAAUCGUCAAUGGAAGAAGUUCGCAUUUUGGAUUAUCUUCGCAAGAAUUUAAAUUCUUUGACUGCUUUUAGUGUUAUUGAGCAUAUGAGUAGUAAUUGGAAUAACCCAAAAUUGGCUUUUAGUUUUUUAGAAUAUACUAAGAAUACGUUGAAUCUUGUUCCUUCGAUUGAAACAUAUAGUUUUCUUUUAAGGUCAUUUAGUCAAGUUGGUGUUCAUGAUUUAGCCAAACUGCUAAUUGAUUUGAUGAGGAUUGAUGGGGUAUCGCCAGAUAAUUCGCUUUUGGGCUUUGUAAUAAAGUCAUUUGUGAAUGCUGGUAAGUUUGAGGUUGCCAAAGAGUUGAUUGUUGAUAGUUCUCGAUCUAGUGUUGAAAAGGAUGGGGUGCUCAGUUGUAUUGUGGUUAACAAAAUUUUGAGUUCAUUGGUGAAGAGUAAUCAGGUGGAUGAGGCGGUUGCUUUCUUUGAAAACAUUAUUUUAAGAUCGCAAUGCUAUUCUCAUAAUGCUUAUACUUUUAAUAUAGUCAUCUCUGGUCUGUGCAGGGCUAGGGAGGUUGACAAGGCAUUUGGGUUUUUCAAUCACAUGAGGAUGUUUGGUUGUUUGCCUGAUGUGGUUACCUAUAAUACUCUUUUGAAUGGAUUUUGUCGUGCUGGCAAUGUUAAUAAAGCACAUGACUUGUUGAGAGAAACUUCAAUGGUAGAYGGAUGUUCACCGAAUGUUGUGACUUUUACUUCAGUUAUAUCCGGGUAUUGCAAACUAGGUAAGAUGGAAGAGGCUAUGGUCCUAUUUAGUGAUAUGAUAAGUCAUGGAAUCARACCUAGCACUUUUACCUUUAAUGUCAUAAUUGAUGGUUUUGGYAAGAUUGGCAAUAUGGUUUCUGUACUAAAUAUGUACGAGAAGAUGGUUGAUCAUGGUUGUACCCCUGAUGUCAUCACCUUCACAUCUAUCAUUGAUGGCCAUUGUCGCCUAGGAGAAGUGCACCAAGGUUUAAAGAUCUGGGAUGAGAUGAAUAGAAGAAAUUUAUAUCCCAACAUAUACACCUUUUCCAUUCUCAUCAAUACUUUGUGUAAASAAARUAGAUUAAAUGAGGCACGUGAYCUCUUAAKACAAUUGAAGAAGAGGRGCGAUAUUAUUCCUAAAGCAUUUGUUUACAACCCUGUAAUUGAUGGUUUCUGCAAAGCAGGCAACGUGGAUGAGGCUAAUGUGAUUGUUAAGGAAAUGGAGGAGAAAAGAUGCUACCCUGAUAAGUUAACAUUUACCAUUUUGAUUAUUGGGCAUUGUAUGAAAGGGCGAAUGAUUGAAGCAAUAAGCCUUUUCCAGAAGAUGAUAGUARUUGGCUGUGCCCCUGAUUCGAUUACUGUAAAUUCAUUGGUAUCACGUCUUCUAAAGGCUGGGAUGCUGAAAGAAGCUUUUGAAAUAAGGAAAGCUGCAUCGGGCAAGCCUGUCACACAGAGAGAUAUUUCAUAUAAUAGUGAUGCAGAUAUCCAUGUGGCUAUUUAACUGAUGUGGCUUUUCAAUGUUGCAUAUGGAGAAACAGUUCCUUGAGGUCAUCAAUGCAUGCAAAAGAGCUCAAUGCUUGGCAUUAUCAGGUCGAAUCCACCUUUUUGAGUCCCUGCUAAUCUGAGACUCAGCAAUGUAGGUGGGCAGAUAUCAUGAUAUUUCUUUUAUCCGAAGACUUGAGGCUGGAUGCAAAUGAAUAUGGGGGCUAACAGAUUAUUUUUUGAAACUAGUCAUUCCCUAAUAGCCAGUUCGAGUUUCCCCACGGACACUGGGAUUUUCCUGGCUGUUAUCUUUAGCACUCCAUAUGAUUUAGUCGAGGUGCGCGUAAAUGGGCCCGGACACCCGCUGUUGCUAAAAAAGAAUGAUCGUAUUUUUAGCAGGUGAUAUAUGGGUUUAAUUCAGAGUCUCAACUUGUUGGGCACAAACACGGUGGGAUACCAUGUCUCCUAUCCUUUUGAGCAAAUAAGGCUGACAGAUAUCUUAAUUCUAGCCUCCAUCUUCCACAAACUUGAAGACAAUUUCACACUCCAACUUCUACGAGCUCGAACUUGAUUCCAAUUCAGGUACAAUUUCUUCUCCAUCUUCCAUGGAUGCCGAUUUCUCCAUACUUUCCUGCACCAAAUCGAUUCCACGAACUCGAAAUCAGUUUUUGAAAUCGAGUGGCUACUGUUGUUUCGAGAGUCGAUUGUGUUUGUUUCAUUGAUAUUUGUUAUUGUUUAGUAGAUUUGUAAUAAAAUGGCAGACCGUCGUGGGUGGACAAUGGAUGAGGAAGACUUGUUGGUCACAGUUCGUCAAGACAUUGUUAUAAAUGGUGGAAGAGAUGACAAUGGAAGCUUUAGGUCAGGUAUGUAUGAGUCUGUUGUCUAAAGAUGCGGGAAAGAAUUUCCGGUAUUAGCAUAACAGCGAAGCACAUGCAAAAUAAAAUAAAGCGGCUAAAAGAAAAAUAUUCCGCUGCUUAUGACAUGCUAAAUACGAGCGAAUUUGGGUGGAAUAACACAAAUCAAUGUGUGACUGUUGAAGUUCCCGAGAUUUUG